GUCAGACCUCUGCUAUUACACAGGAGCAGCAACAGGACACUGUCAGAUCUUUAGAGCUGGAUGUGUGUCUGUGGGGCUCCGGUCGGUUGGCUUCUCCAGAGAUCAUCUGCACUGCUCUGGCCUAGAUCCAGCUGCCCAUGGGCUGCUGCACCCUCUGAGCUUCUCUGCAGCACCCUACUACAGGGGAGGAUGGGUGAUGGGCCCGUGACACUAAGCAGACUUUUUCAUUCCAUCCUCUCAUGGAGCGUCCCAUCACAGCCAGUCACCCCUGGAACACCUCUCUAUCCGGGCUACCCUUCCUGCCAGCGCUGCUGCAGACACAGGCAACGCCUAAUGGGAGCCAGCCCGUGGUCAGUGGUCCCAGCACUGGAGUGGACCUGAGCCAGUCUUUGGCCCUAUGCGCCAUGAUUAUAAUGGACGUCCUGGCUGUGGUGGGGAACCUGGCUGUAAUGGUGGUGAUCAGCCGGACGCCUCAGCUGCGGAAGUUUGCCUUUGUGUUUCACCUGUGUCUGGUGGACCUGGUGGCCGCGCUGGUGCUCCUGCCCAUGGGAAUGCUCUCUGAUCGGGUUGUGGUGAACGAGACCCUGUGCCGCUGCUACCUGUGCCUCUCUGUGUGUCUGGUGAGUGCUGCCAUUCUUACCAUCUGUGCCAUCAACGUGGAACGAUACUACUACAUUGUGCAUCCCAUGCGGCACGAGGUGAAGAUGACGGUGGGCGUGGUGGUUCUGGUGCUGGUGGUGAUCUGGUUGAAAGCAGUGCUCAUGUCUGUGCUGCCGCUGCUGGGGUGGCUGUUGCAGGGCGAUCAGGGGGCUCCUCUGGACCUUGUCCCUGGUCAGAGACAGUGCUCCCUUCAUUGGACAGGUGGCCAACUCACACGUAUGCUCUUCAUGGACUUCUUUAGUUUUAUUUAUUUCUUGUGUCCGGUGCUGGUCAUCCUAGUGGUGUACUGUAACAUGUUUAAAGUGGCUCGUGUGGCUGCCAUGCAUCACGGCCCACUGCCCACCUGGACAGAGUCAUCCCGGCAGCGCUCAGAGUCCGUCAGCAGUCACUCUACCAUAGCAGCCAGCCUGAGUGGGACAGGGGAGCGCACCACCCCUCAGAGGAUGUUUAGUGGGGGUAAAGCUGCGGUGGUGUUGCUGGCUGUAGGGGGUCAGUUUAUAUGUUGCUGGCUGCCGUACUUCUCCUUCCACCUGUAUUCGGCCACAGUGUCAGCCUCGCCCCAUGCCCUGGCCCAGCUGGAGGACGUGGUUACAUGGAUCGGAUAUUUCUGCUUCACUUCCAACCCCUUCUUCUACGGCUGCCUGAACAGACAGAUCCGGGAGGAGCUGGGCAGACACCUUGCCUGUUUGUUCAAGCGUGCGGGGCGUGGGGAGGCGGAGCAGCUUCCCAGCAGAGAAGCCUCCAUCGAGGAGAACUUCCUGCAGUUCCUCCAGGGUACGGGCUGCAGCCUGGAGCCCUGUAACUCCCACAGCAGAGCCAGCCCUGAGCCCGGGACAGAGGGCCCAGUCGAGCCCACGGACUGUACUAUCCCAGGGCAGAUCUUGGAGGAGACCUCAGAGUUCAUUCAGCGACAGCAGCUGAACAAUGAUAUGCACGGAUCAGAAAGAGGCUUUAAGACCAUUCCUGAACUGUAACCAGUGUACUGUUUGUUAACGACCACUGAUACGUUUGGUAUAUUCCUGUUUUAUAAGUAAAUGAAUACAUCUCUUGUUCUGCUCUGACACUGCUGUAAUGCUAAACCACAGAACACAGAUCCUUCUGUGAAGAAUCCUAGUUAUGGAGCUCUUCCAUGAAACUGAAGCUGCUCCUCCACAUACGUAUUCUCCUGUCAGACAGCGCACGGCACUGGGCCCUUCUGUUCCACACAUCCGGUUAUUUAAUGUCAUGAAGUGUUAAAGCUCAGAGGUCUUUACAGUCAUUAUGGAGCAGAAUCCUUUUACACUGU